AGGAAGCCUUUUCUUCUUCGGUUCAUUUCCGUUUUUCCUUUCCGGUGAGCAUGAGGACGACGCGGUUUCGGACACGACGGAUUUCCGGUUUCUGGUGACGGAGACAGUUAACAAGAUUGCCGGACGGAGAAUUCGGACACUGCAGCGACUUUCUCUCGAUCCGCAAUGGAUGAUUUGAAAAUGCUGCCGAAACUGCCGUUGCCGGCCUUGGGCCAGACUCUGGACCGGUAUUUGGCCGCAGUCCAAGCCCUGGUGUCACCGAGCCAGUUCCAACGCACCAAGAGACUAGUGGAACAGUUCAGUUCCGGUUCCGACCUCGGCCCGAGGAUACAAAAGGAACUAACGAGGAAACGGGACAAGGAAGAUAAUUGGCACGAGCCCAGUUCCCCUUGCGACGGGAAACAAAUGAGCUCCGUCGGAAGUAUCCCGGCGAUGGGUUCUGAUUCUCAGCCAAAGGUGGUGGGGGAAGAAGUGCGACAUGGUGCCGCAAUUAUUUACGGGGCAUAUUCAUGGUGGAUGGAUGACAUGUACUUCAACAUAAAGCUUCCGGUUGUGAUCAAUUCAAGCCCCGGAUGGACUUUCCCGCGACAAAAAUACAGUAAUGAGGAAGGAAAGCUGCAUUAUGCCAGUAAAUUCAUUGGGAAACUUUUGGAAUACAAAGAUAUUCUCGACAGGAGAGCUUGGCCAGUUGAUCGAGCAGCGGCCCGAGAAAAAGGUCAACCGCUGUGCAUGGAACAAUAUUACCGGUUCUUCACGUCAUAUCGAGUUCCUGGCGUAGAAAAAGACCAUUUGAGAUCCACUGCUUCUUUGUCUACUGACAACCAGCACAUAAUCGUAGCAAAGGAUAAUGAGUUCUUCAAAGUUGUUGUCAAGAAAGACGGGGAAUGGCUGCAGGAAUCGUCCAUCACGGCCCAGCUAAAAUGGUUGCAUGAAAACGAGCAACCUGAUGCAGAAACUGUUGGUAUUCUGACAUCAAUGAAAAGGGACUCCUGGGCUGAAGUGCGACAAGUUAUGCUGAAAGAUCCUGUCAAUGCUGAAUCUAUGGAAGAAAUAGAAACAUGCUUGUUUCUUGUCUGCUUCGACAAGCCACUGCCAGUUACCUUCAAUCGACGCAAUAUUGGCGAAGAAAGAGACGAGUCCAAUGUUGCGUUGCAAAUGUUGCACGGAGGCGGAACCAAGUUCAACUCUUGCAAUAGAUGGUUCGACAAAACAGCUCAGUUCAUCUUCACAACCGACGGUCAUAUAGGACUCUGCUUUGAGCAUUCUGCAUUGGAAGGCAUAGCAAUUGUCCAGAUAAUGGAUCGUCUGCUAACGACUCUGGACUCUUCCGAAGAACCCAAAGAGAAAAUUCAGUUCAACGAUUUAAAUAAAGGCAGGAAACUCAAGUGGAGACUGAACAGAGAAACUCAGGCCAAGAUUCAAGAAGCCCUGUUUGAAAUGGACGUCGCUUGCAAAGAUGUCGACCUGAAGAUCCAUCGGUAUAAAGGCUACGGGAAGAACUUUCCCAAGAAAUGCAGGUGCAGUCCAGAUGCUUACAUUCAAGUAGCAUUGCAAAUUGCGCACUAUAAGCUGCAUGGACGACUUGUGGCUACAUAUGAGAGCGCUUCAACACGCAGAUUCCGUUUUGGAAGAGUUGAUAAUAUCCGGGCUGCAACUUUGGACGCUUUACACUUAGCUCAAGCAAUGAUCCCAGAUUCCGGCUACACCGAUUCAGAGAAGAAAAAGCUAUUUGAACAAGCAAUAAAGACUCAGACCGACAUCAUGAUCCAAAAUAUUCUUGGGGAAGGAAUUGACAUUCACCUGCUUGGACUUCGGGAAAUGGGCAAAGAAAUGGUCUUCAGCGGUAUUGAGCUGUUUGACGACCCUUCAUAUAAAACAGCAAACCAUUUCGCACUCUCUACUAGUCAGGUCCCCACUGGCACAGAUUCCUACGUAUACUACGCUGCAGUUGUUCCGGAUGGCUACGGAACUUCUUACAAUCCUCACGAGGAAGAAAUCGUGUUCUGUAUUUCGAGUUUCAAGUCCUGUCCGACAACAAGGCCACCCGCAGCCGGAAAAUCCUCUCUUCUGACCCGCGUAAUGAAGUCUGCGGAAGAAUUCCCGAAAAAUUAUCAGAUGACACCUGGAAUUGAGAUCAGCACAAAAAUAAUUCAGAUUCCAGACACCGACGACCGCGUGGAAUUCAUCUUUUUUGAUCUGUCAGGACAUUCUUUUUACUCAAAGCUGGUUCACCGGGUGGCAAUCCAGCCGUCAUUGUUCAUUGCUGUUUACGACGUAACAGAGGAAAAUGCCCUCACUGCAGUCAGUGAUUGGAUUGAAUUUGUCAAAAAGAUGGGUGGUGAUGUGUCUGUACCAGGGGUUCUCAUUGCAAAUAAAACUGAUCUGCAAGAUCUUCGGGUGAUCAGCCCAAAAAAAGAUGGCAAGGGACUGGAGGAGCCAUUUUUCUACCUGGCAAAUGAAUGGUACAAGCUUUACCUUGAGAAGGCUGACGGCUUCAGAACUUACAUGGUUAAUUCAUGAUUCUGCGAGGCAAAACGAAAAGCACUGAUUGCGUUGUUUGAUUUUUAUUCAUGAUGGAUUUGAAAUAAAUGUAUGCUAUGAAGA